GCGGGCUCUGGGGCUCCGGGAAUGCGCGCGCGGGCGCGGCGAGGGUCUUAUGCAGGGGCCCACGGCAGCGCUGCUCCUGAGGGCGGGGGAGUUGGGGGCCACACAGCCGGACUCCACCUCCUGGUACCGCCAGGAGGGUGGCCCAGUGUGCAGCUGGCCGCGGAAGCCGCAGCCGCUCGAGUGCCGCGCAACUUCCCCCGCCCCAUGGCCCAAGGCGCGCCACUCAGAGUUCCGGCUUCCAGAGAAGGGUCCGGCGCACGGCCAAGACUGGGUCUGCAGCCCAGCCUCAGCGCGCCGGCUAAACUGCGCCCUCCAGCCCUCGACCCACGACAGCCACGCCCAGGGCGCCGAGGAUCCCCGCCCUCCUGGGCCCUCGCUUACCCCGGCCCAGGAGGACGCCCCGCCCCAGGACGGUUCUCUUGUCCUUUGGCGAGGAUUCUCCAAGGCGUCUCAACACAUGGGCCGGCUCAGAAACGCCAAGAUCCACGUGGAGAGAGCUGUCAAGCAGAAGAAGAUCUUUAUGAUCCAAGGUCGCUACCCUGUGAUCCGUUGCCUCUUGCGCCAAAGGGGCUGGGUGGAGAAGAAGAUGGUUCAUCACUUGGGUACCACUUUGCCACAACCACAUAAGGAUCUGGACAGCUCAGUAAUGGGUGACAGUGACACGACGGAGGAAGAGGAUGAAGAUGAGGAGGAGGCAUUCCGGCCACCACAGCUGUUUGACUUUGAUGAGUUAUUGGAAUUUGAUGACCUACAUGGGAAACACGCUCUGAUGUCACGUAUGGUUCGGAACGAGAUCCCCUACUUCAUCUGGACUACUCGUCGGGACAUCCUAGACUGUCGCUUCCUCUCCAAGGAUCAGAUGAUAAACCACUAUGCUCGGGCAGGCUCCUUUACCACAAAGGUGGGUCUGUGUCUCAAUCUCCGGAAUUUGCCGUGGUUUGAUGAGGCUGAUGCCGACUCCUUCUUCCCGCGCUGCUACCGCCUGGGGGCUGAGGAUGACAAAAAGGCCUUCAUAGAGGACUUCUGGCUGACAGCUGCCCGCAACGUUCUCAAGCUGGUGGUAAAGUGCGAGUGGAAGUCAAACUCUGUCGAUGAAGGAGAGGCCCCAAGAGACAAGCAGCCGAAGAAACAGGAGAAGAAGCCAGUGUUGGUGUCCCCAGAGUUUGUGGAUGAGGCUCUGUGUGCCUGCGAGGAGCACCUUAACAACCUGGCGCAUAUGGACAUCGACAAGGAUGUGGAGGCCCCGCUCCACCUGAGCCCUGAGGGCUGGUCCCUCUUUCUCCAACGCUACUACCAAGUGGUCCACGAGGGGGCAGAACUCAGGUACCUCGACACUCAGGUCCAGCGCUGUGAGGACAUCCUGCAGCAGCUGCGGGCUGUGGUGCCCCAGAUGGACAUGGAAGGAGAUCGCAACAUCUGGAUCGUGAAGCCGGGAGCCAAGUCCCGUGGACGAGGUAUCAUGUGCAUGGACCACCUGGAGGAAAUGCUGAAGCUGGUGGACUGCAACCCCAUGAUGAUGAAGGACGGCAAGUGGGUGGUGCAGAAGUAUAUCGAGCGGCCCUUGCUCAUCUUUGGCACCAAAUUUGAUCUGAGGCAGUGGUUCCUGGUGACUGACUGGAACCCACUUACUGUGUGGUUCUACCGUGACAGCUACAUCCGCUUCUCCACACAGCCCUUCUCCCUGAAGAACCUGGACAACUCUGUGCACCUGUGCAACAACUCCAUCCAGAAGCACCUGGAGAAUUCAUGCCACCGGCACCCACUGCUGCCCGCAGACAACAUGUGGUCAAGCCAGAAAUUCCAGGCCCACCUGCAGGAGACGGGGGCCCCGAACGCCUGGUCCACUGUCAUCGUGCCCGGCAUGAAGGCCGCAGUGAUCCACGCCCUGCAGACCUCCCAGGACACCGUGCAGUGUCGGAAGGCCAGCUUCGAGCUCUACGGUGCUGACUUUGUUUUUGGUGAGGACUUCCAGCCCUGGCUGAUCGAGAUCAAUGCCAGCCCCACCAUGGCACCCUCCACAGCUGUCACCGCCAGGCUCUGUGCCGGUGUGCAGGCAGACACCCUGCGUGUGGUCAUCGACCGGCGACUGGACCGCAACUGUGACACGGGGGCCUUCGAGCUCAUCUACAAGCAGCCUGCCGUGGAGGUGCCCCAGUAUGUGGGUAUCCGGCUUCUAGUAGAGGGCUCCACCAUCAAGAAGCCCCUGGCGAUGAUGAGUCACCGGCGGAUGGCCGUCCGCCCAGCCCUCCCUCACCUGCUGGCCCCGAGAGGCUCUGGGGAAACCCCUUACCAUUUCCCAAGCCUUCACAGCAAGGCCCGGCUGCCUUCUCCCCAUGUGCCCUGGCCCCAGGGGCAGGUCCUCAGACUACAGCACAGCAAGCUGGCGGGCACUAAGGCCCUGUCAACUACAGACAAGGCCUUGAUGACUCUACCAACUGCCAAGGUUUUGAUUUCCCUCCCACCUAACCCUGAGCUCAAGCUGGCACCCAACGCCCUGAAACCAAGAAAGGUGGGCCUCAAACUCACCUUCAUGGUCCCCACUUUGGAAGUAAUGUGUGGUCUCAACCCUUUGAAGACGGAAAUCUUCCUAGCAUCUGUAGGAAGAGCAAGACCAAAGGCAAAUGCAAGGCCAGACUGUGACAGACCAAAGGCCGAGACACACCUCAUGACAACACUGAGCCUUCCAGGGCCUCUGACCCUUAUCACAGACCGGGGUUUGGAGGGCACAAGGGACAUGUGGCCACAGAAGCUCUUGCUUCCAUCACCACUACCCUUAUCCUGGAUGCAGCGCCAAAUAAAAAAGAGCAAAUGAGGUCUUCGA